AUGAGCGAGUCGAUAAAUAUAAAUAUUCCAGAGCGUGGCAGGCAGCGUAGCAGCAGCGAGAGUGAGGCGGGUAGCAGCAACAGCUACAGCGCCAGCAACAGCAACAGCCACAGCACCAGCGUCAAGGCAGCAUUACCCACAAGAUCACCAUUCAGUGCGCAGCCAUUCAGGGAGUCAGCCACACAUCAAACAUCCCCAACAUCCCCAAAAUCUACACCACCGCAGGCUCUGGCUAUCCCACCGCCCAGGAGAUUGUCUGGUAGCUUCGAGUUUAGUGGACAGCCAUCGCCAGCAGCGAGCACAGGAAACACCAAUGCAGCUGGAAUAUCGAACAUGUUUAGACGCUUCUCAUUUAAGGGUACAAAUCAGCCAGUAGCGAAUAAUACACUGAACACCAUCCCCGCAAAACAGCCACUGCAGACGGAGAUAACACCCACUCGCCCGCAAUCUCAUAACAGAAGAAAGUCGGAGCAGAAGAGACCCGUAUCUCCAAUGGGUGAGCGUAUCCUCCGCGGCAGCUUCGACGGCUCUGGAUUUUGA